UUCAAAAAAAUGGCGGCUGCCUGUGAUUCCAGUGUUGUUUGAUCGAAACCACUUUAAAACACAUUUCCUACAGUACUCCAGCAGUUUUAAAAACCAGACGAGCCAUGUCAUCUACAAAGAAUUCAGCUAAGAAAGAAGCCAAAAAGCAUAUUUCAGUCAAGACCUCCUUCACCUCUCCCUUCAGUUUAAAUUGGAGCGCUCUUCCUCAGAGCGACAUGACGUUCAUCCUGAAAACCCUACAGGACAAACUGACCUCCACAGGCCUGCAGAAGAAAGAGGUGAAAGCAUGUCCCCCGUGGAAGAGAAAGAAAAAGAAGAACCCCAUCUCCACAUCAGAACCUGUUCCCCAGGUGAGUCAGGGCCAACAGGUGUGUGAUCCCAUCAAGAACGGCUGGACAGAUGUGGCAGCCAGACGGCAGCUGGCCAUCGGCAUCAAUGAGGUCACCAAGGCGCUGGAGAGGAACGAGCUCCAGCUGCUGCUCGUCUGUAAGUCCGUCAGACCGCAAAACAUGACCAAUCACCUGAUUGCUCUGAGCGCCACCAGGGGUGUGCCGGCCUGCCAGGUGCCCCGACUGAGCGAGAGCAUGUCGGCGCCUCUGAAGCUGAAAAGCGUCCUCGCUCUGGGAUUCCGGCAGUGUUCUGAAGACGGAGAGAUGUUCACAGACGUCAUCGAUGCCAUUAAACCAAGAGUGCCGCCGCUGGACGUUGCCUGGCUGCAAAGCGCGACACCUGAACACCCUGCUGUCAUCAAAGAGGAGAGGGAGGGGGAAGCUGGUGAGACAAGAGGCCAUAAACGGAAACUGGAGAGCGAAUCUGAGAAGGUCACAGAGUCUCCCUCCUCCUCGUGUACUCUGCAGCCUCUCAAAGUAAAGAGAAUUGUUGCGAAUCCUGCAAAAAAACGAAAGACAAAGAUUAAGAAACAGCCGGUCAAAUAAAGGAACUCUGCUGAGAUUUUUUUUUUUUUUUUUCAUUUUUUAACCCAGUAAGGCCCAGUAAAUUUAACCAAAUUAACUUUGAAUGUUUAUUAAGACAGACUUUAACAUUUAAACCUGUAUACCUAAAAUGAGAAACGAAAAGGCAUUCUUUUAUCCAACUAAUCAAACCGUUUCUGCUUCAUUUAUUUAGUUUAAUACGCUUUAGAUCAUCUUUCAAAUACCUGGAUGAUGCAGAAAGUUUAAUUUGAAGGCCAAACUCGUUGCUGUUUAACUUCGAGACAAAGAUUAGUUUCAGUUUUGUGAUGUUUUUGCACAUUAACUGUGAAAGUAAAUGUGUUUAAAUUGUUGUUUCUCUACUAAAUUGAUCAGAACAGAAUAAAACGGAACAGAAGUAUUUAAUUUUAGCUACUGUAUCUUUUGAGAAGUUUUUGUUUUUAUACUAAAAAUAGAAAAGGAAACGUGUAGUUAUUUUGCGCAGUAGGGAAAACUUGAACAAAUUAAGCUGAGUUUAUUUUAUUUUGAUAUCGAGACAUUUAUCAUUUUGUCAAAAUUUCAUGACUGCUGUGGUUUUGUUAGGCCACAGUGGUACCUUCUUCCUCACCAGUUUGUUUAAUACAAAUCAGAAAGAACUACUUUUCUAAAGACUUUCUACAUUCUCACUGUCGGUACAACUAAUACAACUUUAUUUUUAAUUUAAACCUUUACUUUAGCAGGAAAGAAAUCCAUUGAGAUUGAUUUCUUUUACAAGGACGUCCUAGGAAAAGUAGAUGAAAAUAGAUGUGGGUAAAUUUAACAUAAGUGUAUUUACAACACCUGGAGUUUGUUCUGGAUUACACCCAAUAAAAUACUAGAAGUUGAGCAAAUGUUUCAACUAGUUAAAACCCAAAUAUCCCACUCAACUUCUGUAUGAAAGGCCUGGUGAAGAUGAUGAAAUUAGCUCAGGCUUCUGGCAUUGAGUUACUUGGAAUUUAGCUUAUUUUUUCCCCAAUAAAGCCUCGUAUGAGC